UAACUCAAUCGUUUAUAAUAGAACUUUCUAAUUUAUCAAAAAUAUAAUUUCAGACAUUGAGAUAUGUAAGAAAUCUUUUGAAUUAGAACAACAAUUGUUCCCAACAAAAUUUGUAUAUGUAUGUACAAAAUCAUGUGCAAUACAUAUUUUCUGUUUGUGUCCUGUUUUUAAUAAAUGACUUUUUAUUUCUCAUUCAAUACUAAUCCUGCCAAUGUUCCUUUUUAAAUGACCAAAAUUCAAGAGACUGAAUAAUUGUUAAUUACCGUUUACUUUGCAGUUACAUGAAAAUGUAUUUCAACGUGAUAGAAGUACCGAAUCCAGCUUAUCACCACCGAUAAUUUCUAUCAAAGGAGUUUUUUUCUCCUCGUUCAGUAAUCGCAUACGAAUUAGAAGGUAUAUCUCCACAACAAUAGAACUCCCUCACAAUAACAGCUCCUUCCAAUUGUCUGCAAGGAACACAAGGAACCCCCUGUUACAUGAAUCGUCUGUCGGAUGGAAAAUCACUUUGGCAGUAUCCAAAACAAUUAAAUUACCCGCAUCGCGUUCAAUAUAUCAUCGCGUUAUAAUCAACGACCUUUAAACUAGAAAAAGACUAAAACAUGUCAGACGGAUUGCAUUUCACGAAAUUGGGACUUUCCAUCAGCGGUCGGAGGGUACCAGUAUAUCGUGCGUUGUCUCCCCGGGAAAAAGAAGGAGCCGAAAGGGUCGUGAAGGAAUUCCUCAGCCAGAAGUCAACUAACGAGAUCGUAAGACAUAAGAUAAGGAAGAUAUUGUCGUCUGAUAACGCGUUAGAAACGCAAAGCGUGCGAUGCGCACGCUCCCAUCGAGACCACCAUACGUGCAUGUAUUGUAGGGGUGAGAAGAGGGUGAAAAACGGAAGCCAGGGUUAGAUAGGAAGGGUGCAGUCGCCUCAGACGUCUGCUUGAUCCUGUUCUACGAACCUUCCCUUCGAAACUUUUCGUUCGUUCGAUUCUACCUUUGGUUCUUCCCUUUCGACGAUGGCCCUCGACGUCACCGAGAAAAGCUACAUCCUGGAUGCAAGGAGCAACUACGAGGAUGCCGGCAGUCUCGGAUCAGAGGAAUCUUAUGAUGAUAUGAGGCAACUUGUCGGGGAGAAGAAGGAAGAAUCCGGAAAAUUCAAUAGUCUACCAUUGGCCAGUUUUAAUUUCAUCAAUUCCAUUAUCGGCAGUGGUGUUAUCGGCAUACCCUAUGCUCUUCACCAGGCUGGAUUUGGCCUUGGAAUAGUAUUAUUAGUCGUGGUAGCGGGCCUUACUGAUUACUCUUUAAUUUUAAUGGUCAGAAGUGGCCACAUUUGUGGAGAAAUGAGUUAUCAAGGUUUAAUGAGGGCUAGCUUUGGUCGCACCGGAUUUUAUAUUCUUACCACUCUGCAGUUUAUUUAUCCAUUCAUAGCAAUGGUCUCCUACAACGUCGUCGUCGGCGACACGGUGACUAAAGUGCUAAUAAGGGUAACAGGAAUGAGUGAGACGAGCAUUUUUGCUCAUCGUCAAGUGGUCAUCUUCUUCGCGACGGUUUGCAUCACUAUACCAUUGUGUCUUUAUAGAAACGUAGCCCGUCUGGCCAAGAUCUCUUUCCUCUCGUUGGUCUGCGUCGGUUUCAUUCUCUUAGCUAUCUUAAUUCGGAUGGGCACAAUGUCCGCAAUUGUGCCAAGCCAAGAGGACAGCUGGCGAUUCGCGAACUUCCGUGGCAUUAUCCCUUCCGUUGGAAUCAUGGCAUUUGCCUUUAUGUGCCAUCAUAAUACUUUCCUUAUCUACGAGUCCAUAGAGAGGGCUACUCAACAGAAGUGGGACGUAGUCACUCAUUGGUCACUCUUCACCUCGUUCUUGGUUGCCGCAGCUUUCGGGAUUAUUGGUUACGCCACCUUCACCGCUUACGUUCAGGGAGACCUUAUGGAAAAUUAUUGUUGGGACGAUGACUUAAUGAAUUUUGCGAGAGUCAUGUUCAGUGGAACUAUUCUUCUCACUUUUCCUAUCGAAUGCUUCGUCACUAGAGAAGUGAUCCUAACAGCAAUCAAAGGAACAGACGAACUCGAGGAUCAUACUGCAUACGUUCCUAACUCGGACAGGAAGUAUUUAAUAAUCACUCUGACAAUAGUGAUCGUGGCUUACCUGAUCUCCAUGUCCACGGAUUGUCUAGGUGUUGUCUUAGAAUUGAACGGCAUCCUAGCAGCAGUACCUUUAGCCUACGUUCUUCCUGGACUCUGCUACCUCAAACUCGAAGAGGGACCAGUUCUCUCGCCCAAGAAACUCCCGGCUCUAGGUUUGAUGACCGCUGGCGUAUUUGCCGCUGUUUCCGGAUUACUGCUCCUCAUCGUGAACAGCGAUACCUCCAGUUCCUGCGUACACGGAAAGGUAAUGCCGUAUUGUAUCGACAACUCGAAUAGCACGAGUUUUAAUGCGACCUCGAAGAUUACCGAAGCGAUGUAACUUCCAUGA